AGUACAUUAAAGGGUGUGUUUUCGAGAAUCUAAAUAUUGUUUGUUUAUGUUCAUUUUUAUUCGUAAAAUAUAAGUUUCCUUCAAUAAAAUAAAAAAUUCGAAAGUACAAAAUGUUUCUCUACAACACGGAAAGAUACCUUGCUGCCUUAUAUUCACUUGGAGGAUUUUUUAGUCUCCUAAGCACUAUAUCAAUGGCAAUUGUAUGGAUGCAUUGGCGUGUAGUUUUAAAUACCUGUGCUGGAGACUUCCACAGUUAUCAAUCAUACUAUGACGAACAUGAUUGUGGAUGUAUUUUAUAUGCUAAAGAUACAUUGUCAUAUUUCGUUGGUUCUGACAUAUGGAUUUGCUUUUGGGCUACAUUUGCAUCUAUUCUUCCUUUAAUUUUCUGUUUCGUAUUUGGCUGCUAUCAUGUAUACCGUGUAUGUUGUAGAUCAACCCCUCCAAGAAGAGCUAAAACAGAACUUCAUCAAAGAUCAAAUGAAGUGAUGCAAUUGACAGUCGAAGAAGAUAUCGUUGAAGAAAACGAUAUAUCGCCUUAUUAUUGGACACCUGUUACUAUAAUCGCUAUAAUAAUGGUUUUUUAUACUUUAAGUCAUGCAGUUACGGUAUCAGAUGGAUUUCGCAGCACAUGUAAACAAUAUCGUAACACCGUUGUGAAAUAUAUUCAGGCGCAAGGACAAAUGGUUGGAGUGAUUCAGUCCAGACUUAGCUGUGGAGCGAUAUUUGAUUUUAUGGAUUACUUGCAUCAAGAUUUGUCAUACGAAAAACGCCGUGAUUACAGAAUAAAUACAUCAAUUCCAUUCAUCUUAGCCGUGGUGGGUGUUUGGGGAGCUUGUAUUUGUUGGAUUGGGAUUACAAUAGUAAACAUAAUGCGUUGCCGACACAGUAGAAGAGUCAGAAUUUAAUUUCCUACUCUUCAAAUUACAUAAUUCAACACAAAUUCACUUUAUGAAAAAGAAACAUUCUACAAGAUUAAAUUCCAAAAAUUUCAGAGCAUUUUUAUUAUAUACUUAGUCUAUAAGAAAAUAAUUGAUUUGUCAUAUUUCAAUCUUAUAUAACUUAUAACGAUUCCGUCUUAUUUUAUUUUUAAAGUAAAUUUUAACUUUGACAUGCCUUAAAAAUUACACUAUAAUUAUAUUUGAACAAUAUCCAUCCACGUAGUUAUACUUAGAAAAAUUAAAAAUCAUUUUUUAGACUAAAAUUAAAACACAAUGUAAUUUUUAAAUAAGAAAAUUUAAUAAUAAAAACAUAUUUUUUGAUAAUAAUAAA